AUGUCGAAUUGAACACUUACUCCAUUGUAGCUUGUCGUGUAAAAACACUUAGAUGUCGCGUAUGAAUAUCAUUGUUUCGUUUUUGUAGACAUGCUUAAUGCAUCUUAAAAUGUAUUCAGCUUUAACGCUGUAAUAAAUUAAAUUGUUUUAGCCUGUUUUAAUUAUGUACAAAAAACACUGAACGGGAAAAUGGACACGAGAUAUGUAAAUGAUACAUAGUUGGAUGAUAUUUGAUUUACAAGUAAGUUGAGUAUUUAUAAGAUAACGCCGUCUCGAUGAAAGAUGACCUUGUCAUGUAAAACUUCGCUAGAGAAAUACAGUUUAACUAAUAAACAUUGUAUACCAUCCGUCAACUUAGCCGGCUGUUAAAAUGUAGAUUGUGCCUUUAGUGAGUAUAGUGAAAUACCAAACAUGCCGAUAUUUCAAAAGUGUUUUUUAUAAAAGAAACGAGUUUAAACAUCGUUAUGAAUUAAAAGAUUUUAAUCAUUAUUACUACUGUGACCUUGAAUACAGGAGUUUAACUCCUAGCGUGACAAAUCGCUACUCUAACAAUGUGACGUUUUGGAUUUAUUAAAUAGAAUGACAAAUUAAUUAAGCAAGUUGGACAAUUACUCAAAUGGAUAUGUGUGUGCAAAAAGGCCAUCUUCUACCUUAUCCUAAGUAGGUAAAAAUUGCCUUACUCCAUUAAUUUGGCGAAACUCAAACGUCCUGAAAUAUGACAACCGUAACGUGGACAGAUGGCGAGACGGUAGAGAAUACGGACGUUAGUUUUAAAACUCCAAACGCCAACGUUAACGCCAUAGCCGAUUUAUACGGGGAUAGCGUUGGUAACGCUAGCGAUGUGAACGCCGUACAAAACGGAUUAACGAACACACCGACGCCAGAUGAGGUUUAUGCUUAUGACGGAUAUAAUAAUUAUGAACCACAUAUAAGAAAGUACUUAUACAACGACAUGGAGAUCGCGAGGGAUUAUAUCGAGGAUUAUCAGGAGUACAAGAGUGUUAUGUCAGAGUGCAACCAAACCAUCCGAAACACGCCUUAUCCAUUAGAUGGUCACGUACAUUGCAAUGCUACGUGGGACAAAAUGCAAUGCUGGGGUUAUGUAAGGGCCGGAGAGACGUCGUACCAGCCAUGUCCAGGAUACAUAAGGCUCUCAAAUCCAUUAGCAUACGCAAAGAAAACCUGCAACAGCGAUGGGACAUGGUUCCGUCAUCCAGACACAAACAGAAUUUGGACAAACUAUACCAUGUGUUACGACCAAGCUCUUGUAGACCAACACAAGCAGGUGCUGUACAUGUACUUCUACGGCUUCAGUAUCUCCAUCGUAUUGCUAAUUAUCUCCCUUAUCAUAUUCUCAAUGUUCAGACAAUUAAAAUGUGUCCGUGUGAGCCUGCACAAGCACCUGUUUGUCUCGUAUGUGCUGACUGGAGCAUUGUGGAUCCUCUACUAUGCUCUUGUGCCCAUGAACCCGGACGUCUUGAUUGCAAACCCGAUAUGGUGCCAAGUGUUACACGAGCUAACGCACUACUUCACAGUGUGUAACUAUUCCUGGAUGUUCUGUGAGGGAUUCUAUCUACACGCACUGAUGGUCAUCGCUUUUACAAAAGACAAAAAGCUGCUGCUUAUAUGUUAUCUAAUAGGCUGGGCGUUUCCUUUAUUACCCACCAUUAUUUACACCAUAUUGAGAGCGCUAAAUGAAGAGGAUAGGGACAGGUGCUGGACAGGUGACACGAAUCUCCACUGGAUUUUGGCUGGUCCAAUUAACAUUUCCCUUGUGGUAAUCUUUAUAUUUUCCAAUAAUAUAAUGCGCAUCCUGUUGUCAAAGAUACGCUCUGUAUACAACAAUGAAACCAUGCAGACUAGACGCGCAGUACGGGCCACUCUCAUUCUGAUCCCCCUACUUGGACUGCAGUAUAUCGCCUUUCCCUUUAAACCACCUCCGGGAGCGAACGGCGAAUACGUCUACUCCAUGAUAUCAGCCUUCUUGGUGUCAUUCCAGGGUGUGUUUGUGGCCCUUGUGUUCUGUUUCUUCAACGGCGAGGUGAUAAAAUGCUUCAAGAAACAGUACAAUCGCUACAAACUCCAAUCGGUCGGGCGUCGUCGGACCUUCUCCGGUGGUUCAACUAGCAAGUUUGCGGAGCGUGAAUCAAUGGUGCGCACGAAAGAAAUGGCUUUAUCAACUUGUAAAACAACAUCUGCGUCGUCGCCGUUGAAUAAGAAAAAAGAAAAAAAAUGAAACUAUUGUUGAAAUAGAUUCGUGACAUAGAAAUCAUAACAUGAACUCGUCGAACAAAUCCUUGUCUUGAAAAUCUCGUAGAUGUAUGUAUAUCGGUAGACAAACAUUAUUUAAACAGACAAAUGCCAUGAUACCAAUAAGUAUUUACUGAUUAAAUUUAAUGAUGUUUCUUUAGCUUCUUACUAAGUAGAAAGUAUUUAAAUACUGCGAUUUCAGACUCAUUUAAUCUUCAUGCUACAAGCAUAUGAUAACACAACCAUAUUUUCAUCAAACACCAGAACUGUAUUCAUUAUUCAUGUACGAAUGUUAUGCAAUGUUUGGCUAGAGAGACACAUUAAUACUGUUCAUCUUUAAGCACAGUGCAGAUAAGGGUUAAAGUUAGAAAGGUUGUUGUGGUAUAAAUGUUUUUAUGCAUAUCUAUUUAAAAACUCUCGAGAUUAUCUUAGCCAAUGAUAUAACCACUUUAUUAACGUGCGCCAUUUUACGCUGGACACUCCACAGGAUGUACUUAAAAUUAGGAUAGAUUUACCAAAAUGAUAUACGUUUACUCAAGUUUGGCUCUUCAUAUUGUGAUUAUCAAGGCUUUAAAAUAUCGGAAAUACUUGUUUACACGUGAUCAAUAAUGCAACUGUAAAGCACACAGGAAUGUUGUGUGAACAGUGACUGGAGCAAGAUAUGGUAGGGAAACAUGCUAGUAUAUGACUUCUUUUGUUUUUGCCUUUUUGUCUUUUUGUCUAUUGUUUUUGCAUGUGCUCUAAACGUUAUAUUUUUUUAUAAAAUCACUCAGCAGAAACAAUUGUACGUUAUUUACAUAAACUGCUUGUAAAAAGUGUUCACUUGCUAAGACAACCGUUUCUUAUUAUGCUCAAUAUUUUUGUUUUGCUAAGAACAUAUGUUGUGUAAACGUGAUACAUAAGUUUAUCAUUAAGGUCAUUGAAGAAAGUUAAUUUAGUUUUAGAACAUUACGUAUUCCGUUUUUAUUAAAACUAAUGUCCUUGAAAUGUUUCUGAAACAUCUCAAAAUCUCAUCUUCUUUUGUGUUCCUUAUUUUACACAAACCUUUCUUAAUCAUUAUACAGCAUGAAAUGUUGUCAUUCGUUUCGUAGUUCAAAUCAUGUGUUUGUUUUCUUUUCUUUUUAUUAUUAAUUGUAUUUUGUUUAUUAAGAUGUAUUAAAAGAAAUU